UUAGGUGAGGGCUGGAGGGUAGGAGGGAGGAAGGAGGAAGGGAGGAAAGGAAUUCCUUCACACCGUUGUCAGCCAUGCGACACUGAAGAGAUCGGCGGGCGGUCCCGUCGGUGGUGGAGCUGCACAAGCGUUCAGCCGCCAGUCGGUGCGCCAACGGCGCGCGAGCGAGGGCGCGAGACCAUACGACGCGAUGGCGCGAACAGUAGGCAAAGAAAAGUUGGCGAACAGCUGCACACAGCUCGCACACGGCGGUUACUAGUCAGCCGUAAUUGUGGCCAAGUGUAGGGUGGCCGUCCCGGGUACUCGGCGAGAGACUCACCUUCUUGUCAGUUCCUUGCAACGAGAGUGAGAGACAAUUGGCAACUUUCUCUCUUUUUCCAAGACGACAACCAGAGGACAUCAAUUUAGUGGCUGCUGACUUACGAUCCUUUUUUUAGGAUCCUUUUCUAUGGAUCUUCUGGACUUGGCUUGUUAGUGAUGCUGCCAAGUCGGAGGACAUGAGACAAAUGAGUGUUGGCAGACGACACUCAAGGACCAACCAAGCUGUCGUCGGACAGUCCCUGUUCUUCACUAGGAAAAUAAACGACGACCAAGCCUAAGAGGGGGAGGGGAGAAGGAAAACAAUCCCACCCCUCAAUCCCCUAAAAAAAAUUGAUUCGCACAUGACUGAGCACGAGCUGGGCGGAUACUUUUCUUUGAUGACAUCAGGGAUAGCCAAUCCCAUCAACGAUCUACGUCACAAGUGUCCUCCCGGCAAGUAAACAGUCUGAGGUGUCCGCUGUUACUAAAAGGACCUCGAGCAAGCCGCUUCUGAUGAGAUUUAAGUCAGGGUGAUUACCCGCCGGGGAGGAAAUCGAAGGAUAAAGGGGGACAACUCUUCGUUACGUCACUUGACCUUUGAAGAUUGAAAGAAAAAUGGAAUAAACAUGUUUCUUGCUGAAUGGACUGGACUCCAGUGAACUGACUGCCGGCCACCUGAAGGCAGGAGCGAACGUUAGCCUGCGAGACGAGAGCAGAGAGCGAACGCUGUCUCGUUUGAAGACCUGUGGUCAGCGACCAGUGUGUGGGUGACGGAGGUCACGGACUGGACUAGUCCCCUACAGGUGUUCCAGUGUCAGGUUCUGGCUCUGAGGAUAUUCCAAGAUGUCCCUUUCCGACUUGGAGAAUGUCAAGAAUGAAAGAACCCAAGCUGGCGUUCCUUGUGGUACCUCCAGCUUCCCAGCCACGUGAUCAGGAUUCGCUUCAGUGAUGUUGCAAUGUCUUAGCCUGCUGGCACCAAGACGUGAGUGAUGAAGGAGAGAUUAGUUGUGUGUACACAAGAUGUGUCUGGACUCCACAGUGAUGCUGCCAAAAGCACAGUUAUGUGAGCCGCACUCAAACGCCGCUGGCCUUUGGCCAACGUGACCUCUGACACUACGCCGAGGUGGCUGCUGGAGGUCCAGAAAAAUGUCUGCUGGAACCACAGCGGCAUAUUUUCCCGGAAUGGUGACCGGAAAUGGUUCGCUGAGCGUGGACUCACACGGUGUGACCAUUACUUCCGUCGUCAACGACACCUUGGAGUGGAUGGUCAACGUGACUGCCUUUGACCCCUGCGAGGUCAUCCUGCGGGACAAGGCCGAGCCCCCACCGGAGUACGGGCUCACCACCACCUGGGCUAUCGUGGCCAUCCUGGUGCUGGUCCCGCUUUUCACCAUCUUCGGCAACACGGUGACCAUCCUGGCGGUGCUGGCCGCCCGCAAGAUGCGCACGAAGACGAACGCUUUCGUCGUAUCUUUGGCCAUCGCAGACAUGUGCGUGUCGCUGCUGGUCAUGCCCUUCGGCAUCUACCAGCAGCUGAACAACAAGGUAUGGUUGCUAGGCGAAACGGUAUGUCGACUGGCCAGUAGCGUAGAUGUGAUGAUGUGCACCGUGUCCAUCUUUCACUUGUCCUGCCUGGCCAUCGACCGCUAUCUGGCCAUCUGUCGGCCCUUCCUGCACGAACGCCUGACGGUGCGGGUCAUCGUGGCCAUGCUCAUCUUCUGCUGGGUUACGCCCAUCUUCAUCUCCUUCCUGCCCAUCUUGAACGGGUGGAACCAGAUCGGCAUUGAGGAGUACCUCCGCUGCGCCUUCCCGGAGGGAUCCAACACAUGCACCUUCAUCGUCAACAUCCCCUUCGCCAUCAUCUGCUCCCUCAUCGCCUUCUACGUGCCCGUCAUUUUCAUGGGCGUGUGCAACGUGAAGAUCUACAUGGCCGCGCGCAAGCAGGCGUACCAAAUCCGGUCGCUAGAGGCUGCUGGGAAGCACAACCACCAGAGUCAUCACAAGCGCCGCGCCAAGUUCCACCACGAGGCCAAGGCGGCGAAGACGUUGGGGAUCAUCAUGGGCUGCUUCAGCAUUUGUUGGUUCCCUUUCUUCAUCAUGAACGUCAUAGACCCCAUAAUCGACUACAAAAUACCUUACGUCCCCUGGAUGAUUGCCCUUUGGCUGGGCUACAUGAACUCCAUGAUGAACCCCUUGCUAUACUACUUUUUCAACCGUAACUUUAACCAGGCCUUCAAGAACUUGUUUCGAUGCAAUGUGUGUAAAGGAAGACGCGACUACGACGAGGAAUACAUCACCGGAAACACCAACGUCUCCGAAUGACUCGGGGCCUCGCAGCAUGACCUCAACUUGGUAGACAGGUCCAACUCCUACAACCAUUCCAACCACUCCAACCACAGACACAGCCAUGCCUCCAGCACCUACACGCACCGCAGCAACGACAGCAGCGCACUCGACACCCACGCCCGCCACAACGGCCACAACGGCAGUCAGCAGAUGGAAUGCAUGCGGAUGAUCAGCAGCGAGACGGAGGAGACUCUGGCUGAACAGGAAGCCUGAAUCCUCCGCUCGACAGCUUCCUACGUCCAGGCAUGGCGACCACCUCGCACAGUCCUCACAAAAUUUAACCCACGACCUUAGAAUAGGUGGCGCUGCAGGGUUUAGGGUUCCUCCAUUUGUCUUUAAACAUCAGCUGAUUGGUAAACUUCUAUGAAAUAUUUUGAGACAAAAUAAAUUCUGAAUUACUUGUCCACGUAGUCGACUAUUUGCUACUACCUCAGCGCUAUGAUAUAAAAUAUUUGAUUAGCGUGUCCACAUAAAAUUAGCUUAAAAACUGAUUUUUAUUUCAAGAAAACACCCAUUGCAUUUUUUUUUUUUUUUUUGAUAGCUAGAGACCCGAACUCCUGUUACAAUGACCCUCCAACUCCAUUCGUCAAGAGGGCUGUACGCAUCUGGUCGUAUGAAGCUGUGCUAAUAUUCUUGUCAUUCUAUAAAAUAGACCAACAAGCAAACAAACAAAAAAUAAAACAACAAGCAUUCUUUCAUUUGAAUUUGCUGCUUGUGUGGAGGAAUAGGGACAAAUGUGUUUGCAGCCAAAUUUUAAAGGCAAAUUUUCAGACCCAAAAUUGAGCUGAGAGCAGAAAACGAACUUAACUGCUUCUUUAACUGCACCACCAUUAUAAAUAAAUAAAUUUUAACAACAAAGCAAUAUUAGAGGUAUUUGUGUACGAGCAUUUACCUACCUAAAUAUAUUUUUAUUUACUAAUUGUGUUCUUUGUUAGCGCUCCAAGACCAAAACCAGACAAACUUGUGAAGAAAGUUGGUCUGCAAACACAUCUGCUCGAUCUGCAUCUUGCAAAAGAUAAGUUUGGACUUAGUUUAAAACUUGUCAUUUGCAAACCAAGCCAGCGAACAAACAAGACCAUUCACACCUUGCAAACACACAAACACACAAACACACGCGAGCGGCCAAGCAAAGCCGCUGGACCUUGUCUCCCUUGAUUCUGGUCAUGAUGCGAGGACUCCGAAUAUAAUACACAUGAACAGACAUUUUGUGUAUCUUGCCAGAUGUAAUCACGAUCUUGUUUGUGAUAUAACCCAUAACAAUAUUUUAUUAGUACAAUGCUCCGUUGAAUGUGUGAGGACUACUCAAAACCUGGAAAAAAAGUGCUGAGUUCUUGUCGAAUAUUUCACUAUUUUAUUAACAAGUCUGUGAUGUCGUUUGACUAGGUGUGAUGUGUGCAUUUUGUAGACAUGACACAACUACUUGUCAGUGCACUUGCGAUUCUGGCUCUGCUUUUGAUGAAGAAUGUUCACUGAUGGACGAUGAUGGAUGUUUCACGAUGAAAUAUGAUCUUGUGCAUUAGCCGUGCUAAAAGUGACAACAUUAAUUGAUAUUAUAUCACUUUGGCGGCUCAAGUUAUUACUUUUGCUCCAUUUUCUCCCGAUAACUUGAUCCCAGUGUGGGUUAUAAAAUAUCAAAUAUCAUUUCCGAAGCGCCAUGAACCAUUUAUAUUUAUUUGGGAUGAGAGCAAAGUUAUUGCCACAACUUUGUUCUCCUGACAGAAGAUGUGGCCUUCUCACUGCCUGCACACUCACUGUGUUUACAUUAAUUAGACAAACAUCUUUGUUAGUUUCUAUUAAACACACCUUGUAACUGUGAACACUCGUAUAAUACAAACAUGGUGGGCAGAGGGUAGAUGAUCAGUAACCAUUCAGUCUUUUGUACCCGGAGAAGCGAAUUUACAUGAAGCUCAUCUCGUACACAAUAAACAAAUUUUUUAAAAUAAAAUUAUUCUGAAUAUAAUAAUAAAAAUAAUUAUUAAACUGUCCCUGCUAAUGCUUCAUAAUAGCAUAAAGCUUGGUUUUCGAAUAAAGUUCAAGGGGUUAGAGGUGGUAAGGUGCUCAUUCUCACCUAAUCAUUUUGCUCACAAAUUAGUUUCGGAAAAAAAUACUUCAAUCUUGUUUAAAUGUUCGGUGGAUUUCAAAUCAUAAUUUUUCUUGUACUUGUUCAAAAAUAAACAAAACUGAUUAAUAAAAGGCUGUUUGACCGAAUACUCACACAGAUGCCAUUUUGAGGGUCGUAUACUACAGUUUACAUUGAGUCUGAACUCUACUCAUCAAAUGGAAUACCUAUACCUGUAAAUGAAUCUCAGUAAGUCUCAUAUUGAGACAAGUCCAUUCAUCUUCAACUACAAGGUAAUGUUACUUAAGUCAGUGUUGUUCUGCAAGAAUACCCAAGUACAAACAGGUCGCAACUAUAUUAAAACAAAUGGUUGACACUCAAAGUAGUUACAUCGAAAUAUUUACCGAUACGAGCUAGAUAUCUUGGUAAGUAGAUAAACAAAUUGUUUACUUGACUGGCCUUUCAAAAGAUGAUCAAAAUUUACAUUGGGAGAAACAGUUCCAGAGAAAAAAAAAAACCUAUUCUUGUUUCAUUAUGUCAGUCCCGUUGUUUCGUCCACAGAAGUACAUGUGGACCUGUCGGAACUGUAUUCAUGAGUGUAAUGUACAUCUGUGAUCAAUGUUUAUGCAGUGUGCGUCCGUUUAAACGAAAAAUUACAAAAUAUGUGUAGAUACGAGUUGUAAGAUAUUUUUUGACAAAACUUCUAAGCGAUGUCUGAUACAGUUUCUGAAGGUUGAUGCUAAUCGUUCUCGACAUUUGCUUUCGUCUGCUUGGUGUUGACAUGACUGCCCUUCAAAGGCCGCAUAAUAAUCUGACUUACCUGCCUAUGGUCUACAAAGUAAAUAUGAUCAAAGUCACCUUUUCAUUCAGUUUUUACUAACGUGUUUUGAUCAUCUGAGUUUGUUUUCAAUAAUCCAUUCCAUGUCAAACGACAUUGUCUGUAGCCUUGUCAUUGUAAUCAUCUGAGCGUGCGAGUGUUCUUGUUUUGUUCUGUUUCUUUUGGCUUUUUUUAAUUUUCGAACGAAAGAAAGGAAGAGAAACAUCAAUGACGGAAGAAAGAGAAGCAUAAAAAUUGAAUGAGAGAGGAUUGACAGAACGAUGGCAGACGAGAAGGUUGAUAAAAUAAUAAAGUGAAUGAUGAUCGGAGCAAAGAAAUAAAACAUAUUACAUUAUUUUUUCAUAUGAAUUCACUUGUGACUGUUCACAUGACUAUUGUAUACUGUUACAGGUUUUGUUACAGUCAAUGUGUGCUAACAAGUAUAAAUGAUUAGUAGACAAAUCAACAUGAUACUCAUACUUAUACAAACUAACAAUACUGUGUCAAUCUUUGAGGUAUAUAGAUGUCUGGCAAAUGUCCUCAGCAGUCAGAAACCAAAAUAAUAUCAACCAAAAUAUUUACUUAGUUUUGUUGUUGUUGUUGUUGCUGCUGCUAAGACAUUUUACUGACAUCUUCAACGCAUUAAUAUUAUUUUUCCCCAAGGAAAUAAUUUUUUAUAGUCUUGUUUCUAAAGCGUUACCUCCCUUGCUUUUUCUACUCACAGACUUACUUACCCUUUGCAACAUUUUGAUGACAACCCAAGGCGAUGUUAAUGUAGUCUAUAGCAGCGAUAAAAACCUUUUAUCAACAUGGUUUGUCUGUCACUGCAUUGCAGAUACCAAGAGAAGUUUUUUUAAAUUGUUUUUUCAAGACCUACCCUGGCGCUUAUAAAUAUGUUUACAGUUGUUGACACAUCCCACGCUGCAUUGUGUUUCACCUCAUUUGUUAUUGAGUGAUAAGUGGCCAAUAAAAAGUCACUUGGUGGACA